AUGUGUAACGUGUUUUUCCAAGCUGUCCUCAACAGCACCAUGAGAGCUGAAAACACUUUGUUUUGGUCAGAUCUGAGAGAAGGACUGAGAGGAACCCAGAGCAGCUUCUUCUCUCCUCAAUUUCGAUGUGAAGACAGUCCAGGAACUUCUGCUGCAGUCUGCAAGCAGAAGCUGAAAUGUGGCCUGAAGAAGAGGUUCCAGUGUGUGUUUGAGGGAGUCUCUAAAGCAGGAGAGUCCACCUUCCUGAACCAGAUCUACACAGAGCUCCACAUCACAGAGGGAGGGACUGCAGAGGUCAAUGAGGAACAUGUGGUCAGACAGAUUGAAACAGCAUCCAGGACAGCAGACAGAGCAGAAACAAUCAUCAGACCAGGAGACAUCUUUAAAGCCUCGCCUGGAAGAUCUCAACCAAUCAGAACAGUGCUGACACAGGGAGUGGCUGGCAUUGGGAAAACAGUCCUGACACAGAAGUUCACUCUGGACUGGGCUGAAGACAAAGACAACCAGGACGUCCACUUCACAUUUCCAUUCACCUUCAGAGAGCUGAAUGUGCUGAAGGAGAAGAAGUUCAGCUUGGUGGGACUUGUUCAUCACUUCUUCCCUGAAACCAAAGAAGCAGGAAUCUGCAGAUUUAAAGACUUCCAGAUGGUCUUCAUCUUGGACGGUCUGGAUGAGUGUCGACUCCCUCUGGACUUCCAGCACACUGAGUUCCUGACUGAAGUUACAGAGUCCACCUCAGUGGAUGUUCUGCUGACAAACCUCAUCAGGGGGAAACUGCUUCCCUCUGCUCUCCUCUGGAUCACCGCACGACCUGCAGCAGCCAAUCAGAUCCCUGCUGACUGUGUGGACAGGGUGACAGAGGUCCGAGGGUUCACUGACCCCCAGAAGGAGGAGUACUUCAGGAGGAGGUUCAGAGAGGAGGAGCAGGCCAGCAGGAUCAUCUCCCACAUCAAGACCUCCCGAAGCCUCCACAUCAUGUGCCACAUCCCGGUCUUCUGCUGGAUCACUGCUACAGUUCUGGAAAAGGUGUUGAAGAGCAGAGAGGGAGGAGAGCUGCCCAAGACCCUGACUCAGAUGUACAUCCACCACCUGGUGGUCCAGGCCAAAGUCAAGAUGGUCAAGUAUGAUGGAGGAGCUGCCACAGAUCCACACUGGAGUCCAGAGAGCAGGGAGAUGAUGGAGUCUCUGGGAAAGCUGGCUUUUGAGGAGCUGCAGAAAAGAAACCUGAUCUUCUAUGAACCCGACCUGACAGAGUGUGGCAUCGAUCUCAGAGCAGCCUCAGUGUACUCAGGAAUGUUGACACAGAUCUUUAGAGAGGAGAGCAGCCUGUACCAGGACAAGGUGUUCUGCUUCAUCCAUCUGAGCCUUCAGGAGUUUCUGGCUGCUCUUCAUGUCCAUCAGACCUUCAUCACAUCUGGAAUCAACCUGCUGGAAGAACAACCCAAAACCUCCUGGUGGUCAAAUAUUUGGAGGGAGAAACCUAAUCUCCACCAUCUCCAUCAGAGAGCAGUGGACGAGGCCUUGAUGAGUCCAAAUGGACACCUGGACUUCUUCCUCCGCUUCCUCCUGGGUCUUUCACAGCAGACUAAUCAGAGUCUCCUUCGAGGUCUGCUGACACAGACAGGAAGUAGCUCACAGACCAAUCAGGAAACAGUCCAGUACAUCAAGAAGAAGCUGAGUGAGAGUCUGUCUGCAGAGAGAAGCAUCAAUCUGUUCCACUGUCUGAAUGAACUGAAUGAUGGUUCUUUGGUGGAGGAGAUCCAACAGUCCCUGAGAUCAGAAAGUCUCUCCACAGAUGAACUGUCUCCUGCUCAGUGGUCAGCUCUGGUCUUCAUCUUACUGUCAUCAGAAGAAGAUCUGGAGGAGUUUGACCUGAAGAAAUACUCUGCUUCAGAGAAGGCUCUUCUGAAGCUGCUGCCAGUGGUCAAAGUCUCCAACAAAGCUCUGUACAGCAGCCCCCCUCAGAGCACACCAGGCAGACAGGCCUUAUUCCACUGCCUGUCAGUGGAGCAAGGCCAAACCGACCAAUAG